AUGUUACCGACCCCAGACACUUCUCAUGUUCCUUACGAGCGGGUCUAUGAACCCGCAGAGGAUUCCUACCUCCUCCUAGAUACGCUUUCAUCCGCCACAGAGACUGCAUUUCUCAACCAAGCCUUUCCGGAUGCUGCCCCCCUUGUGGUGGAGGUCGGCACAGGCUCAGGAGUCGUCCUCGCCUUUGUCAACGCCCAUGCGCAGACUCUCUUUGGCACACGCAACAUCCUCACCGCGGGCGUCGACAUGAACGCCUUUGCGUGCCGAGCUACUGUCGGCACCGUUGGCAAAGCCGAGUCUGACAAUGUCGACACCCACGGCUUGUACCUGGGCUCGUGCAUGGGUGACCUUGUCACUCCUUUGCGUGAGGGUUCUGUCGACGUCCUCAUCUUUAACCCGCCGUAUGUGCCUACACCUGAGAUGCCUGCUCGGCCCGAGUCGUUUGUCGCGGAUGAUCUGGCUGUGAGCGCGAAACCCUCCUUCGAUGACGACUCAUACCUCUUGGCCUUGUCGUACGCUGGUGGGCUGGACGGCAUGGAGACGACCGACAGGCUUAUUGAAGGGCUACCGCAAGUCCUCUCCCGUCGCGGAUGUGCUUACAUCCUCCUCUGUGCCCAGAACAAGCCUGAAGAGGUCAAGCAGCGCAUCCAAAGAUUCGGACCCGAGUGGCGGACUCUUACCGUGGGCACCAGCGGCAAGCAAGCUGGCUGGGAAAAGCUGCAGAUCGUGCGGAUAUGGCGAGACUAUGCGAACCCAGCGGAGUAA